GUGAAGCGCUGGGCGGCAAUGCAUGAGGUCCUAUUCUAGCUUUGGAGCGCGGUUCCCCUAAAAGGAAACAUGGCGGCGCCCGGGGUGCUGGAACGGAGCUUCACCGAGCUGAGUGGGGUUGAGCGUGAAAUUAGAAGGAAGUUCCGUGAUGUCACCUUCCGCCCCGACGUCAGUCCAUUGGUUGGAGGCCCAAAGUAUAACGAGAGUGCAGGCGGCUACUACUAUAAGGAGAGCAGUAAUAUUCUGUCCGUUACGAGGAACCGCUUCAUACACUGGACUACACAUGCUGACACCUUGGAGUUGGUGGAACAUUCUCUGGAUGUUAAUCUGCUGAAUAACGCUGUUCGCCUUGUAAUAACCAACUGCAUCAUCUUACCUGGAGGCGUUCACGUUUGUGAAACACAGAACAACGUAAUCAUUUUAAUAGUUACAAAUCAGACUGUCCACAGGCUGGUCCUUCCACAUCCCUCUCGAUUGUACAGGAGUGAAAUAAUUACAGAAAGCCAGAUGCAAUCAAUCUUUGUUGAUAUUGGAAAACUGAGCUACAGGGAUGCAUUGAACAGUUACGUGAUUCCAGCAAUCCCUGGUCGAGCCCAGAACUCUGCAGCCACAGCAGCCUGGCUAAGCAGUGAAGGCGAGGCCCUGUUUGCUUUCCCCUCGUCAUCUGGUGGUAUUUGCGUGAUCAAAAUGCCUCCUUACGAUGUUGAUGGUGUGGUGACCACUGUGGAGCUCAAGCAAACCUCAGUAAUGCAGCGACUGCUAACUGGCUGGAUGCCAACAUCUGUCUGGGGAGAGCAGGGACCGGCACAUCUGCCUGUCAGCCUUGCAGUUCAUUGUCUUGAGCAUGACGCUUUUCUCUUUGCACUGUGUCAGGAUCAUAAACUCCGUAUGUGGUCAUACAAGGACCAGAUGUGUCUCAUGGUAGCUGAUAUGUUGGAGUUUGUACCGGUUAGUAAGGAUCUGCGUCAAACUCCCGGGACUGGGCACAAACUGAGACUUGCCUUCUCUACUUCAAUAGGACUUUAUCUUGGAGUAUAUUUGUACACACCCAGACAAGGACAGUUCUGUGUGUUCCAACUGGUGUGCGCGGAAAGCAACCGUUACAGUUUGGACCAUGUUUCUUCGUUAUUCACAAAUCAGGAAACCUUGGUUGAUUUUACUUUUACUCUAACAUCUACUGACAUUUGGGCUUUGUGGCUUGAUGAAGAAAACCAAACAAUUGUGAAGCACAUUAAUUUUGAGCACUUCACAGCAGCGUGACUGAGUAUGAAAUGUCUCAAGAAGAAUUCAGGCAGUUACAAGUAGAAUACUGGGCUAAAUUUUAUGCCUGCUGUCUCCAGUACCAGGAAGCACUCUCAUGUCCUCUUGCACUUCAGGUGCACCCACAUACUAGCAUGGUGUGCCUUAUAAGAAAGGGGUAUUUGUCAUUUUUGGCGCCUUGUUCACUGGUUGAUCAUUUGUAUCUUCUUCCAGCUGAAAAUCUUCUUACUGAGGAUGAAAGUGUAAUUUCAGAUGAUCUAGAUGCUGCUAAUGAUACGAUCUGCUUGAUCCAGUGCCUCAGGAUGAUCGGAGAUUAUAUAUCUGCGGAUAUGGCGUAUCUUAUGGAAGCAUCCUGUUGCCAUCAGCAGCCCCCUGAAAGAAUUGCAGAGCAGAUUUUGGAAGAUUUGAUAGCAAAUGAUGUUGAAAAUGUUAUGGAGGAUAUUCACAAUAAACUGCAGGACAUUAGAAAUCCCAUCCAGGCUAUUAGCUUCUUGCUUCGCGAGAUGGACUAUGAGACAGUGGACGUGGACAAGAACAUGGAUCUUGGUCAGCCUCUGAAUGUCCGUAUGAAUCUGUCUACUCUCUUCGGAAGCGCCACAGCAGCUAGUGUGGUGUGUCAAGCAGUUUGCAAAAUCUCCAUGACACGAUUCUUAAUUUGCAGAGAUUUGCUGAUUCUGCAGCAUCUUCUCCUGAGACUAGGAGAUAUGGCUUUUACUGGAGGAGGGCAGUUGCUUCAGUCUCAACAGGAUCUUAUACCACGCACUUCACAUAUGCUUCUGUCCUACUAUGUCAUUCGAUGGGGAAGCCAGUGUUUGGCUUCUGCGGUUCCUGUUGAUAUGCUAGAAUCCAAUCUGCAACAUUUAUCUGUCCUAGAGCUCUCAGAUUCCCCAGCAUUUACACCGGGGCACAAAACUGGUUCUGGACCGCAGACGGUUGUGGAAUUAUUUUUUCAGGACGUGAUUCGAAAACUCUUAUCUCAUCUGUUUUCUCGGUCCACUGUCACUCAGACCCAGAGCCCUCUCAACUGGACUCAGCUCAUAACUGAUAUUACCACUUAUCUUCUGCAGCAUUUAUGGCCUAGUAACCCAGGUUUUUUGUUUGCGGAGUGCUUGAUGCGAAGUUGUCAAUAUACACAGCUGCAGGAAUAUGUCUGUCUGCUGCAACCAUGGUGUCAAGUGAAUGUGGGGUCUUGUCAUUUUAUGAUGGCACAAUGUUACCUAGUCACAGGAGAAGGGCACAAGGCUCUAGAAUGCUUCUCACAUGCUGCAUCUGAAGUAGAACGUGAAGAAUUUUUGGAGAAAUUAAUCCAUGUGGAAGAUGGGGAACUUGGGUCCUCACCUAGACUUCAGUAUUAUAACAGGGUGUUACAUUUGCUGGAAGAUGUAGGGCUGCCAGAGUUGGUAAUCCAGUUGUCUACUUUGGCUAUAACUGAAGCUAUAGAUGACCGGCGAAGUGAGGCUGCCCUGAGGACCCGUAUUUUUAAACAUCACUUGGAUAUGGGACACAACAGCCAUGCAUAUGAUGCAUUAACUCAGAUACCAGAUCAGGGCAGGCAAUUAGACUGUUUGCGCCAACUAGUUGUGGUUCUGUGUGAACGUUCUCAGCUUCAAGAUCUUGUUGAAUUUCCAUAUGUGAACUUACAAAAUGAGGUUGUAGGUAUCAUUGAAUCUCGUGCUCGUGCUGUCGAUCUAAUGACCCACAAUUAUUAUGAGCUGUUAUAUGCGUUCCAUAUAAAUAGGCACAACUAUCGUAAAGCUGGCACUGUGAUGUUUGAAUAUGGGAUGCGCCUUGGUAGGGAAGUUCGAACCUUACGUGGACUUCAGAAACAAGUGAAUGCUUAUCUAGCAUGUCUGAAUUGCCUGCGCUUGAUCCGUCCUGAAUAUGCGUGGCUCGUGCAACCUGCCUCAGGAGCUGUGUAUGAACGCCCAGGAGCAUCUCCCAAGAGAACCCAUGAUGGAGAAUCGCCCAUCAUACCCACAGGCCGGCAGAUUGAUAUCUUAGAGUUGCAGGACCUGGAAAAGGAGUAUGUUUUGUCACAGAUGCGCCUCACUCUGGCACAGUGUGAUCCAUCCGCUGCAGCAAUUGCAGGUAGUUCCGGUUCUGAGGAGAUGGUUACUCUUUUAGUACAGGCUGGUCUAUUUGAUUCCGCUUUCUCUCUGUGCCAAACCUUUAAACUGCCUCUCACACCUGUCUUUGAAGGACUUGCGUUUAAAUGCAUCAAAUUACAAAAUGGUGGAGAGGCCGAGCAUGCAGAAGCCUGGGCAUGGCUGUCAGCAAACCAGCUUUCUUCUGUUAUUACCACAAAGGAAUCCAGUGCAACAGAUGAAGCCUGGCGACUUAUGACUGCGUAUUUAGAGAAGUAUGAAUCGCAGAACAGUUUAUAUCAUCGUUGUAUCAUCAAUAAACUGCUUUCUCAUGGUGUUCCUUUGCCAAACUGGUUGAUAAACAGUUAUAAGGUAUACAUUUUAUCACUGACUGCUUGCAUCCACACAUGCUCAUCUGAAAUAAUGUGGGAGCAAAAGAGGAAUUGUAUAUGUCUGCCAACUACUGUACACACAACCAGAUUACAAGCUGCUGUCUCUGCUGCUCUAAACGCCAUACCUAUCUCUGGAAAGCAUAAGAGAAAGGUUAAGCACAGUUCUGCUGAUUUUGGGGAUAACCCUUCACUUCAGUCUGAGUUGGCUAGUCUGUCUCAUCUUUUUGAGGAUGAGUUAACCUCUGUUGCAUCAGAAGGAAACACAUCUUAA